AUGAAUUAUGUCCUGCCCCCAUGCAGCCGACCGGCCAGGCUGACCUAUGAGCAGUGCUGGCGCGGCGACGCCUCCUCCCAUGUGAUUGACAGCUUGGAGGAGGAUAAGAAGAACACCGUCAGUAUCUUUGCUAUCUACCCCAGGCACCAGCCAACCUGUCCGAUCGUCGGCAAAACACUGAAACUGGUGCCAGUGCAGCAGCUCCUGGUCCAAAGCACCACAGACACCGUCCAGGCCCGCUGGGGCUCAGAAGGGGCCACGGGGUAUCGCCUCACCUGGUCCUCCUCAGAUGGCCAUAGAGAGAACGUGAACCUGGGGGACACCUUUAACUUCUACAUGAUCCAGGGCCUCCACCCAGGCACUGAGUACGCCAUCACCAUCAACCCCAUCUUUGUGGACAUCGAGGGCCCUGUCAUCUCUACCRCAGCCAAGACACUGGAGAGCAGUGCAGUCCAGACUCUGAAGGCAUCGGCAGUGAGCACCAACAGUGCCAUGGUCUCCUGGAACUCUGUCCCUGGGGCCACCGGCUACAGACUAGCCUGGGGGCCCACUCCAGAGUUUGCGGGUCGGGACCGUCCUAGACAGCUGGCUCUGAACGGUCUCACCACAGAGCACCUUCUGAAGAACGUGGUCCAUGACACAGAGUAUGUCCUGUCUCUUUACGUCCUGUUGGAUCGCGUGGGACCCGGCGUCUCAGCUACCUUCCGCACCUCUCCGUUGGGAUAUGUGUCUAACUUCCAAGUGACUUCCUACACCAGUUCCUCCAUCGACGUGGAGUGGAGUCCCGUCGUGGGGUCCACCGAGUACAAACUCACCUGGAACAUCGAUGGCAACACUCCCCAGUCCCAGUAUUUGGACCGCAGCGUUCUGUUCCACCGCACUGAGGGCCUCAACCCAGAGACAGUCUACAUAGUUAGCAUCCACGCUGUCUACGGAAACACAGAGGGGCCAGAAAUCUCCCUCUCACAGCUCACAGGAUGAGAAGUCCCAGCUAGUCUCUUCCUCCACUACCUCCUUCACCAUCCCUAAGUUACAGGAGAGCUCGGCCUAUAAGAUCCAGGUGGCAUCUAUGGUGGGGGGCCGAGAAGGGAGCCCGUUCCUGGUCACUGCACGCACCUUGGACCUGCCCAAAGUGAACGGCUUCGCAGCGCUGGACACCACAGACAGCAGUACCUCCCUCAACUGGAUCAGCGUUGCCGGGGCUUCUGGGUAUCUGCUCUCCUGGAGGCACAUCUCAGAGUUGGACACCAAAGGAGAAGCUUGGCCCUGCUGCCACCAUGUUUAAGCUGAGUGAUCUUGCUUAUGGCAGGAUGUACAUCUUCACCAUCAGACCUCUGUAUGGAGCGGUGGAGGGACCCAUCACAUCUAUCUACCACAGGAUAGUGGCCAAGGACCAUCCUUGGUGCCUGUCCAGUUCUAUCCGCCACGCCUGCCCUCUCCCCCCUCACACCCUCACCGCCUCCCAACCCAAUGCAGCCAAAGCCACCAAAGCCCACACCCGCUCCACCGUCACCAAAGCCCCCAUCCAAAACCACCGCC